UUUCCGCUGCUCGGACGUUUGUUGCGGAAACCCGUUCUUUUGUCGUUAGAUUCAAAAACGGAUUAUAACCCAACUACGAAUGUUACAACGAAAUAAAGUAAUUACAAAUACUAAGUUUGAAAACAGUGCUAUAUAUAUCAAAGAAUUAUAAAAUAAAACUCAACAAAUUACAACAAAAGAAAAUGGCGGCUCAGCAAAUAAAAAAGGGCAGUCGAGACCACAACAACUGAGCAAGAAAUUCAGCUUAAAAGAAAACCACGAAAAAAAAGCGUCAACAUUUUCGUCUGACUGAAAUUAAUCUGGUUUUUAUGUUUUACUCGCGCGUCGUAGACAUAAAAUAAAGACAACAGUGAGUUUUGGUGCGAGAGUGUGUGUGUGUGUGCGUUUGAUGCCGUUUGUUUGUCUCCUGUUUUUGUGGAAAAAGCCAUAAAAAACGUGAAAUUCAUUAAGCUACAAAAGCAACAAUUACGAGCGUUUUACAUUGUUUACAUUUUGUGUGCCAGCUUUCGUUACGCUUGUGAUUUACGUGAUUUGUCGAAAGGCAAGAGAAGGGGCGGAGGGACCUUAGCCAAAAGUCUGGAAAAUAAUAACUUUUUCUGCUAACGAGUCGGCGAAGUUGCGGCCCCGGCGGCCAGUAGAGGCGCAUAAUAAUCAUGCAUCGUUCGCUGAAGCCGCAUGCAUCCACCGCACAGGCUAAGAAGGUGCAACCGCCAACGAUACCAGGGGAUUCGCUGCAGGAUUUGCAUCUCUAUCAGCAGCCGCAGCAGCUUCACCACCACCAGCACCAACACCACCCCCACCAUCAUCAUCCGCACCACCAGCCGUCGAUACCGCUGUACCGGCUAAGCGGACCACUGCGCCAUCACCAAAACCACCAGGCGGACGAUGGGAUCAGCAUGAGCGGCAGCAGCAUCGUUUCGUCGCCCUCGCUGGAGGAGGGUGGCUUCAAUUUGCCCCGGGAGACGAGUGUGGCCCUGCGUCUCAAGGAUGAAGUGGGCGGCACUUCAACGGUAGCCCCUUCCACUGGCGUUGGAGGAGGAGGAGGUGGAGGUGGAGCGACGGUGGUUGGAGCACCGCCACCCGGAGCUGGAAAGCCCGGAGUUGCUAUGGUUCCACCGCCACCCGUUUUCUGUGCCACUUUGCGCGAACCGCUGACCCACAAAGCGGCCGUCUACUACCACCAGCAGCUGGCCCUGCAGGAGGAUCAGGGCAUCGAUCUAACCCAAUCGCCUGGCCGAGACUCGCCCGGCUCCUCGUCGGGCUCGGCGGGCUCUGGAUCUCGUCACAGCACCGCCAGCUUGGACUCGGGUCGGGCAUCCUCCUACCUGACGGGUGUGUCCUCGUCGGGCGCCUCGAUUCGUGCUCCACUCUCCUCGCCGCGCUGCAGUUCCGUGAGCUCGUGCUCCAUUGGCAGUGUGGAUAGGCAGCGGAACGAUGAGCUCAUCAUCGACUGGCUGCUGGAGAUGAAGCACGAGGAGUACGCCCAACUGUUCAUAGCCGCGGGCUACGAUCUGCCCACCAUUGCGCGCAUGACGCCGGAGGAUCUCACCGCCAUUGGCAUCAAGAAUCCGCAUCAUCGAGAGCGGAUCAAGCAGCGGAUCGACAAGCUGCAGGUGCUCGACAAUUUGCCGCAUUUCGUGCCGGGAUCCAUAGAGGAAUGGCUGCAGCUGCUGCGUCUGGAGGAGUACAUUCAGCCGUUAUUGGAGCAGAACUAUAAGACGGUGCGCGACGUAACCCAAGUGACUUGGGAGGAUCUCGAGGACAUUGGCAUUGUCAAGCUGGGCCACCAAAAGAAGAUACUGCUGGCCAUCAAGCGUGUGAAGGACAUCAUUAGCGGAAAGUGGAACCCAGGCGGCGCCAAUGCCUACCAACAGCAGGAGUACCAGCGGAAGCCCUGGCAAUUCAAUGUGCCCAUACCCAGUACGCCAUCCUAUGUGCCAACCACCCGCGUCUCGUGGGACGACACGAAAAUCUAUGCCACCAGCAGCAGUGUCCUGAAUGCCACUGCCCCAUCCGGGAGCAGCUGCCUCAACAGCAGCCUCACCAACGGAGACGCCUACUACUGCACGGGCAGCAACCACGAGUGUUGCUCGGGCAACGACGUGGUGCUCAUUAAGGUUCGUCAGCCACGCGGCAAGAGCCUGGAAUCCUUGGAGGACAUCCACGACAACAGCACACGCAGCCAUCUGACCUUCAGCCAUUACACAACCACGGACUACGGCCACUUUGGCCCACCCACAACAGCGGCGGCUGCGGCGGCAAUGGCUGCAGCGGCCACACUGCAGCAACAGCAUCAUCACCAGCAGCUGCUCCACCAGCAACAGCAGCAGGCGGCUGCCGCCCGUCUUCUGGGCAACAAUGCGCCAGGCAUUGGAUGGCGGCGAUCCUACGACGACGGCGACAUCACACCCACCAACGAUGCCACGAGGGAGCUGCUCUACGAGCAAGAGGGCGGUGGAACUCUGCCACGCCAGCAGCGGGGCAUCCUGCAGCGUGCGGUGCUGAACACCAUGCCGCCUCUGGAGCACCACCACUACAUGAAUGCAGCGGCAGCGGCGGAGUAUGGUGCGGCCAGUGGUGUGGAGGGCGGAGCGAACUAUAUGAGCGGCAGUCCCUUGACGGGCAAGAAGAUAGCGCCCGAGCCACCUAGACGCCACUGCAGCAUCCGCAACUCCCGCACGCUGAGCGGAGAGGGAGUGCCGUCGGGAGCGGCUGCGCAGGCGCAUCAGCAGGCAGUACAACAGCAGCAGGGGCAGCACAUGUUCUACGGCCACACGGCGCAGCACUGGCAGCAACAGCAGGCGGGUGCGGGGACUGGUCAGCAGCCGAUCUACGCCAACUAUGCCACCAUUCAACAGACAACGGCGGAGAUACACUGCGAGAAGUAUCACGACAGUAAGUCGACUUCCAGCAUCGAUUCGAUUGACACGAUACCCUUUGCCAACGAAAACACCGGGACGAUAAAGCAGCGACUGCUCAACCGCCAGGAGCUGCAGGGCGGCGGAGUGGGCAACAAUAAUGUACCCGGCGGCGGUGGCCAUCCCGCACACCUGCACUCCUCCAGCUCGAGCUCCAGCUCCUCCUCCACGAACACCAUCGCGAAUAUAGCACACUCGUUCCAUUCGCUGAAAUCUUCCAGUUCGUUGCACGAUGCCACAUUGGCGCGGAGUGAAAGCAUGGGCAGCACAGCCAGUGGAGGAAGUGCCUUGCACCUGCGAUCACCCACAUUGGAUAUGUCGAAUCCCGGAGGAUCGGCGGUGGAGCCUGCAAGUUCGCCGGAAGCAGCUGUUCCAACUGUGGCCAUCAACAAUGGAGUUCCGCCCAAAGUGUCGGUGAACGUUCUGAACGACAUUGGCAAUAUGCUGGCCAAUCUAACGGACGAGCUGGACGCCAUGCUGGAGGAGGAGAAACGGGUGGGCCUCAACAUUGACAGUGAAUAAAUCUCCAAUCAAACAACAAAUCGUAGUGUAGCUGAAUUUAGAAGUUGUUGUGUAACUUGUAAUGUUUUAUGUACUUCAACUUAGUUAAGUUCAACUUGUUUUUGUAUUUUUUAUUCCAAAUGCGUGCGGAGAAGCAUUCUUAUUAGGUCGUAUUCUGUAUCAUUUCGAUAUACACACUGUGUAGUAAAAAGUAACUAAAACAAGAAAGCUUUGGACAAACCAUGUAUACUUUUGUACUUUUCCUAAACUCUGCUCCCAUUCCCGAAACUAUGAGUGUUAACAAUACAAAAUGAAAAUAUCCAAGUAAAAGAAUGGUAAAUGAAGCGCAACAUGCAUAUAUGCAGAACUUGCAUAGUUAUUAUAUAGCAUAAAAUAUAUAUAAUUCUAUAUAUAAAUAAAUAUUUAAACGAAAUCAUUUAUAUGGACAAGUAUUCAGUGGUUUGAUACUAUACGACAGAGGAAUCAACAAAUAAACCACACGGCACACUCAUAAACAAACAAAAUGAAAGUCAGACAAGAACUACUACUUAAAGAUCCCAUUCAGACAAUUUCAAAUUGCAUUACUCUAUAAUUUUGUACCUUAGUGAGUUUUAUAUACAUUUUUUUUCAAAUCACGAUGCACAGAAAUUUUUUCUUUUUGUUAUGAUUACAACUGAAAUCAAACUAUAUGAAAUGAAUGUAUAAUUAAGUGUUAUUCCAUACAAAGUAAAAAUGGCAUUAUAUAAAAUAUAAAUCUUAUAUUAGCGUUAAAUUAAGAAAUUAAAAAUAAAAAGAGGAGAACGAAUCCAUCUUUAUAAAUUAUGUUUAAUCGGGCAUUGAUGCUGAAUAACGUUUAAAAUUCCGUGGUAUACAACUGAAUUGCCUUCUUCUUUAUAAUUUACAUAAAUAAAAAUCUUUUAGUAAAAAUUUUGGUUUUGAGUGUAUUUUCAGUUUUCUGUUAAUUGCGCUCAGUUAAAAAUAUGUUUGGUGCGCAUAUCAUUAGAGGAAAUUGGAGUAUUCGAUUUAUAAACGCAUAUAAGGAAAAGUAAAAGAAUUAAAUACAAAUAAAAUCACAAAAAUGUAAAGCACAUAAAGGGCAAAACAAAAAUGAUGAAAACAGAUAACAAAUAAAGUAAACUUUCAUAGUAAAA